AUCGGACCCAUCCCCAAAUUUCACUUUACACCCCUACUCCCCCUCUCUCGUCCGUGUCCCCACGCCCUCGGGCAAUGGAUUCUCUCUCCCACUUUCCCUCGCUACUUCUUCCCGCUAAUCGCCCUUUUUUUCUUUUCUGCAGCCGAUCGGAUUUCAAAUCAAAUUUUCUCGCGAAACAAACACAAGAAAAGAAACAGAAAUCUUCCUUCUCAUUUUCUUGCACUUUCUUAGCUAAAUUGAACUCCAAUGAAUUCACGAGAGCUCGCUCUUGUCUCCACAGCCACAGUCUUCGGAGCUUUAGCUUCUGCUUUUGCUGUUCGCUUCUACUCCAGCAACAGCACUUCCAGAAAGCAGUUUUCCAAAAUCAAUUCGGAUCCAAACUGUGACGUUUCGAAGAAAUGCUCUUCUCAGAGCCCCCUUGAUCCUUCCAAACGCAAAGAGUAUUUAUCAUGGGAUGAUUAUUUUAUGGCAAUUGCACUUUUAUCAGCUGAAAGGUCCAAAGAUCCAAACAGGCAGGUUGGGGCAUGUUUGGUUAGUCAAAAUGGCAUAAUUCUUGGCAUUGGCUACAACGGAUUUCCAAGAGGCUGUUCAGAUGACGACCUUCCGUGGGCAAAGAAAUCCAAAUCUGGUGACCCUCUUGAGACAAAGUACCCUUAUGUUUGUCAUGCUGAAGUCAAUGCUAUUCUGAACAAAAAUCAUGCUUCUGCUGUUGGGCAGAGGCUUUAUGUGACUAUGUUCCCUUGCAAUGAAUGUGCCAAGAUAAUCAUUCAGUCGGGCGUGUCUGAAGUUAUAUAUUUUAUAGAGAGGAACAAUUCAGAUAUGGCGUACAUUGCUUCACACAAGUUACUGUCCAUGGCUGGUAUUAAAGUAAGUUUUGCUUGCUGUUUCGUUGAAGCUCCCACUGAGGUUUAUUUUGGCCAAAGCACUUCCUUUGUUUGAUACAUCAAAUUGUGUAUUAACUGGUACUGAUAACCAGUCAAUGACACCAAGCUUACCGUGCCAUGGCAAUACAUGCCCCAAACUGUUUACGGCGCACGUUAACAAAUGCUUCAACCCAACAUGGAUAAUUUGCAGCAGCUUUGGGAUUUCAAUGCAUUUGACUUUUCAUAAUCUAUUUUUAAUCGUACUUGUACUUCCAAUGGCAGCUCAGAAAACACCAACCCCAGACGGACCGAAUUUCGAUCGAGUUCCAAGAGCCCUAGAUAAUGACUUUAUUGCUGUUCAUUUGUCAAGCCUGAGCAUCACUUGCAGUUAUAAGAUCAAGCCUUGUUAUAACCUGUAUGUUGCAUCUUUCAUUAACUGACGAUUGGAACCUCUCACCAAGAAAAACUAUCUAUCAUGAAGAAUUCUUGGAUGCUAGCUACAAUUAUCCAGGAGAUACGAGUAUGGUUGUGUAUUUUACCAUCUCUGUCAGGAAAAACAAGUAUGGCUGUGUUGUAUCAUCUCAGUCAACAGCUUUAGCUAGGUCGGGGUGAUGACAAGGUAACAGCUUGGACUGCAAACUCAGUUGGGCAGUUAUCGCAAGCUGUUUAUAGUGGAUCCCUCUUUCUACCCUGCACAGAAUUCCUUUGUGUCGUUUGAUAUUAUCAUCUAUUGAUGUUCUUAGCAUGGAAUUACGCAAACUAUUUGCUUAAUAGGAAAGGAAAACCUUAAAAACUAGAGAAACCAGAUUGGGUGACUCAUGCCAUGUAACAUUGACCCGACAAUUCAGUAGGAGUUCUACUGCCCUUAAGUGGUAUUCAUCAAAAUGAAACAUGGAGUCAGAAAUCGUUGGUGCUUUUGUUGUGGAAAUGGUCUGCUCUGGUUGUUUCAACAUAAAUGUUCUAAGUUUCAACCAAAUCCAACCAAUAAGUGCUCGUUUCAUGGAA